GUUGACAGAUUUGUUUGAUUCUGUUAAAAAAAAAGAAUCGGGUGUUGUCAAAUAAAUGUGAUUCUUAUUCAAUUCAAUACGAUGAUAAUGGAUUAUCUAUUUUGUUUGAAUCGAUGUUUUGGAUUUCAAUCAACACGAUUAACACAUUUUGAACAAUCAUUUAAUGAAAUAUGUUUGGAUGGAACAAGUGUUGGGAACGAUGUGGUUAUCAUUAAAAAAGGACGUCGAAUAUGUGGCAGUGGUGGUGCUAUAACCAAUUUUCCAAUCGUACAAAACAAAGCCUAUUUCGAGGCUAAAGUUCAGCAAUCAGGCAAUUUUGGUAUUGGCCUUGCCACUAGUAAUGUAGAUCUGAAUACAAUACCAUUAGGUACCGAUAGUCAAAGUUGGGUAUUACGACAAGAUGGUACGAUUGUACAUGAUAAUAAAAUCUUAUAUCAAUUAGGCAAUGAUAUCCAAGAAGGUGAUAUCAUCGCCAUACUUUAUGAUCAUGUGGAAUUACGUUUUCAUAUCAAUAAUAAACCAAUCGAAUAUGAAGUACGUAAUGUAAAAGGUUCAGAAAUAUAUCCAGUUGUUUAUGUUGAUAAUGGUACAAUAAUUGAUAUGUAUUUUUCAAAUUUCACACAUCAACCACCAUCAUCAUUUGAUGCUAUAUUAAUUGAAAAAGCAUUACUUUGAUGA